AUGAUAACUCAUACGUAUUGUAUACAUCAACUAGAUAGUACUAUCUCAAUUCCAGUAACUGCUUUUGAAUAUGAUCUAUUUCGAUGGCCACAUCCAACACAAGAAUGUGAUACUUUUCUCGAAGGAUUGAAACAUGACAAUAGUGAUCCUAAUUCAAGAUAUAAUCUUAAAGCUGAUUGUAACAGAUUUAAACUUGCUUUCGCAUGUUAUAAUAGUUUUUAUUCAUCUUUGGAUCUUGAUACAGAAGAUGGACGAGAAGAAAAAAAAGAUUUGGAUGAACAUGAUCUUGGUUAUAUGGAGACACAAUGUGCCAAUGUUUAA